AUGGCAUCUAAUGAAGAAUUCAACGGGAAUUUGAAACAGAAACUCGAAGAGCUCUUCGAUGCGUCUCUGAAGCUAACGGUUCCUGAUGUUCCUGGUGUUGAGCCCAAGAUCAAGACUGCUGUCGGAAAAAAAGGAGAUUAUCAAUGUGACAAUGUAAUGAGCCUAUGGCCUAGAAUUAAAGGAAAGAGUACUCACAUCGAGGAUGGUCUAGCUCUUGGACAGGCCGUUGUUGAGAAACUCCCAAGUUCAGAGAUGGUGGAGUCAUGCUCUGUUGCUAAACCUGGAUUUAUCGAUAUUGCACUAUCAACUAAGUGGAUAGCCAAGAGCAUUGAAAACAUGCUUAUCAGUGGAAUUGAUAUAUGGGCUCCUACUCUCUCGGUUAAGAGAGCUGUAGUUGAUUUUUCCUCACCGAACAUUGCCAAAGUUAUGCAUGUGGGUCAUCUUAGAUCAACCAUCAUCGGUGACACUAUAGCUCGCAUGCUCGAGUACUCUAAUGUUGAAGUCCUACGUAGAAACCAUGUUGGUGACUGGGGAACACAGUUUGGAAUGUUGAUUGAGUACCUUUUUGAGAAGUUCCCUGAUUCAGAUAGUGCCGGUGACAUAUCCAUUGAUGAUCUACAGAGUGGAGAUCCUGUUUACUGCAAGACUUGGGCUAAGAUUUGUGAAACCAGCCGAAACGAGUGUGCCAAGGUUUAUCAACGUCUAAAAGUUGAGCUUGAAGAAAAGGGAGAGAGCUUUUACAAACCUUAUAUCGCCAACAUGAUUGAGGAGUUGAAAGGUUUGGUUGAAGAAGAUAAAGGAGCACGUGUCAUUUUCACCAAAGGCUACAAGACCCCACUCAUGCUUGUGAAGAGUGAUGGUGGUUUUACCUAUGCCACCACAGAUUUGGCUGCUCUUUGGUAUCGGCUCAAUGAAGAGAAAGCUGAGUGGAUUAUUUAUGUGACAGAUGAUGGCCAGGCAAAGCACUUUGAAACUUUCUUCAAAGUUGCCAGAAUAGCAGGUUGGCUACCGGAAAAUGAUAAAACUUACCCUAGAGUUGACCAUGUUAAGUUUGGUGUAGUCUGUGGGGAAGAUGGCAAGAAGUUUAAAACCCGGGAGGCGAAUACAGUCCCACUAACUGAUUUGCUUGAUGAGGCCAAGACUCGCAGUAAAGCUGCCCUUAUCAAGCGUGCUAAAGAAGCUAGAGACACUAAGGAAUGGACACCCGAGGAGCUAGACAAAACAGCUGAGGCAGUUGGAUAUGGUGCCGCGAAGUAUGCUGACCUGAAGAACAACAGAUUGACAGCAUAUACUUUCAGCUACGAGAAAAUGCUUGAGGACAAGGGAGACACAGCCGUUUACCUUCUCUAUGCCCAUGCUCGGAUCAGUUCAAUCAUCAGAGAGUCUGGCAAAGACAUUGAUGAGCUCAAAAAGACAGGAAAGCUAGCAUUGGAUCAUGCUGACGAAAGAGCACUGGGGCUUCACUUACUUCAGUUUGCUGAGACGGUUAAGGAAGCGUGCACUGAAUUGUUACCAAACGUGCUGUGCAAGUACCUGUACAAGUUAUCUGAACACUUCAACAAAUUCUACCUCAAUUGUCGGGUCAAUGGUUCAGCAGAGGAGACGAGCCGUCUCUUACUCUGUGAAGCAACGGCCAUAGUCAUGCGGAAAUGCUUCCACCUUCUUGGAAUCACUCCUGUUUACAAGAUGUGA